AUGGCAGCCUUUGGAAAAGUCCUCGACCUCCUCAACGACCGCUAUCUCAGCCUGCAGGACGUCACUGGCAAUGUCGAACCACUACCCACACUCGUACCGUAUGAAGAAUACUCACAGAACGUGAUUGUAUACCGGAUGGACACGAACCACGACAUCUUCAUGGGCCUCAUCCAAGACUUUACAAUGCGACACGCUCAAGAGGCAGGAAAAGAAGUGUGGACCUGGUGUGCGCAAUGGGAAGUAGAGAACAGAGAUCUAAGUCAAGCCCCAACACCCAAAAAGCCUCGAUUAGAUACAGCCUCAGCCGACCCGCAUCCGCAGCGUCGACGGCAUGCAACUACCAUUUUUGAGCGUCGCACCCUAGACCCAGAGCUGAUGAAAGAGGAAGACAUGCUGCGCAUCUUGAUCGAUAUCGUGCAGACGGACAGCUCACUUGUACCAAACUUCAUAGAGUUCUUGUAUCGCUGGAUCGACUUCUACGAGGGCGAUGGAAAGGCGCUCAAGGCGGCGCUGAAGUGGGAGAUCCCAAGCUUGUGGGAUUUCGAAUACCACCCUCUUGUUCUGGCGGACAAGCAGAAGCCAGACACAAAGGGGAAGGCCGGGAAUGAGAAGCCCACGAAUAACAAGAAAGCAGAGGAGCUGGCGCAGAGCUCGCCUACGAAGAAGAUGCGCGAGAAACCAGACCUCGCAGCAAUGGAGCGCAGGAUGGAGGAAAGCGAGCGUCUCCAAUACCGUGAGGUCAGAUACGGCAUCCAACCGCCCAAACUAGAGCAGCCGAUCCCGCCGCUGAUCAACAUCCCGCAAGACACAAGAAAGCGGCAGAAAUACUACGCUGCAUGUUUCAAGUCCCGCCAGCGAGCAUUCGUCCUUCUAGUCGAAGCAGGCAUCACCCCACGCCAGAUUGCAAACUACAAAAAGCUACAAAGCGAGCACCCGAAAGAAACGCCACAAGAUGAGGGAGGAAACGGGAUGCGGCACUACAACAAAGACGCCCGGUAUGCGCAGGGCGAGUUCGAGCUGAAGGAGAAGCAGAUGCUGCUGAGGGCGAAGCAGAGGGAGAUAUCUAUAAGCAGCAACUUGGCGUUGGAAGCCAGUUUGGCGACUCGGGAUGCUGUGGCUGAAGGCGCGUCGGGUGUUCCGCUUAUACCUCGUACGCCGGCGUAUGAUCGACGCCCGGAUAUGGCUGCUGCUAUGAUGAAGAGAAUCAUUGCUGUGAAGGGGGCUGGGGAGGAGAGGAUCAAGUUUGUUCCCGCGCCGCUGGUGGGCAGGUUGCAGAGCAGGUUGUUCGAGGGAGCGAGGGCUAUGGAAUUGCAGUCAGGACGACCGAAUUGGAACUUGGGUGAUAAUCAGGGAGAAGAGGAUAGCGAGGACGAAGACACUGAUAUGGACGAUGAUUUCGACUCCGAUUCUGACGAUGACGAAGAUGGAGGCGGAGAUCCCAUAAAUCCGAUGCAGUUGCGGUCACCUUCCUCUACCACAUCAGUUCCCCAUGCGAUCUCGCUACUUCCGCCACUGCAGCCUCCAUAUACCACAACACCGAGCAACAACUCGGCUCUUCAACAGCAACACGUAUCAGCUCAUGCUAGUCCAUCUGCUCUAGGCGCCUCCAAUCUACAGAGUACCGGGGUUCCGGCCAACAUCGCAGAGUACAUGCGCAACCUAACACCUGAGCAAGCGCAGAGCCUUCUUCCAUUGCUGAGUCAAGGUGUACGACAGACGAUAGCGAACGGAUCUGGGCAAGUUCCUGCGUUUGGGAAUGCUGGCCGUCCUGCUUUACCCAGUCAGAUAGGACCACGGCCUCAACCUCUUGGUUUUGCGCCACCGGUUCAAAUCAUGGGAGCAGGCCAACCCGGACUUUCUAUGAUGAUGCCUUUUGUGGCUGCUUCUCCUCAUCGUCCGUCUACAACUGCCCUCACACCCCAAACACUAGGCAGUCAGUCACAAAGCCAGUUCAAUAGUGGAAUCACACCACAUAUGCCGAUUCUGUCUUCUCAAAGUCAGUUCAUGCCGCCGCGACCAUAUCCUCUACCUUUGCCCGGUCAGCCUGUACUGUAUGGGACCGUCCAGGGCCCGUCUAAUGCACCGUUGACUGGGUUUCCAUCGUUCACAUCUGCACCGGGUAUUCUGCAACCCCUUGCUCCUCAGCAAAGUCUGUCUACACCACAACUAUUAAGCUCAUUCAGAACAUCGUUGUAUCAGCCACCCCGACCAUCAGCUACACUGAACAUGCAAGGCCCGCCGCCUUCUCAUGCACAACAGGCAUCCGGACAGAACGUGACGGCGCAAUCCAUCCGGCCUCCCAAUUCCAGCCCAGCUGUUCUACAAACCCCAGCACCGAGGUUCACCUUCAAUGUUGAAGAGUUCCUCGCACUGCGGCGUCAGCAGACGGCAUCUGCACAAGCACACCCCUCAGCUUCGUCACAUACUGCUCUUCCGACCUCCAUCCAGCAGCCUCCAAGGCCAACACAGCUUCCCGUGCCAGGUGGUCUACAGCUACUCUCGCGACCUCCGCUAUCAAUGACAGGGCCACCGCACACGCAAUCUUCUCUACCCCAAUUCAUACAACCUUCUCUCCUCCACCUGCCGCCCUCAUCCCCCCAGCACCAACACUUCUCUCCGCCCCAGCCCGGCAUCCAACGCAACGCCCCCUCACCUCUAAACCUGAUACCACCCCCACCCUCCCCCCUCUCCUCGCUCGGACCCAGCAUCCUAGCCACCUCCCCCUUCGCCGUCUCCCCCCACGGAAUACCCAUACAAAUCUACUUCCCCAGAAUCGUCAUCCCAGGCAGAAAACAAGGCACCAACGCCGCCCCCCCAACCGACGCCCUCCUCCUCGGCCACACUUACCCAGGCAGCGGGAAAAUCACCCUCAGCAAAGCGAUUUUCCUCCCGACAAGCGUAUGGACAAACACGCUGCGGCGGGUACGAGUGGGCGCGUAUACAGUGCUAGAGACAUAUUCUCGACCUAACUCCCUCUGUUCGCUUUCGUCCACGCCCUCUGCGCACCAUGCUGUGUAUACUAAGCUCGCGCAUGCGUACUCGCUGCUCUUGUCGUGUGAUCGCGAAAACGAUCUCACGAAGCGCUGGAGAUGUACGCGUGGGCCGAUGACGGGAUGGGAUAGGGGGGCUGUGUGGGAGGGGUGGGCGGCGGUGCUGGAGCGCGGGAUUGAGAUGGUGGGUGAGGAGCGGAGGGGCGCGGUGGUGAGUUUGGGGGUUGUUGAUGAGGGGGUGGGGAGGGAGGGUGGGGAUGAUGACGAGGAAGAGAGGAGGAGGAGGGAGGUUGAUGAGUUGAUGGAUUUUAGUGAUGAGGAUGAUGGUAUGGAGGAGUGA